AUGGAUGCCAUUGAUUUCUCACGGAUGCUUGAUCCCUCAAUGAAGACAACAAGUUUUGUCGAACAAAACAAGCUUGCAAGGCUUGGUAGUGAAUCGAAGUGA